GACUUCCGGUUUGAAGCCGCGGACUUGUGGGAUAUGUAGUUGUGCCUCCAGUGCAGCGUGUAGUAUAAUAUAUUAAACUUUUUCUCUAAGCAGACAGAGAAAUAAGCAAAGUUUCUUUUUAAUAUCGUUUAUAUAUAUUACAACACGAGAGUAAAUAUACUUUUGAUGCAACGUGUUUACAUUUAGGCAGUGUUUGAGAAAGUAAAACAUUUGAGGUAAAACGUUGUUCUCAUUUAGCUGAACGAUUAUUGUUGACAGUUACACGGGCUGCGUUUCUUGAUUUAUUUCUCAUGUACUGUACUGUAAAUAUUGGGAUAUGGUACAAAAUGAUAAAAGAAAUAAAGACAGUGAAAGAUUAAGUAAAGGGCAGUGUUUGCUCGGUGUUGUAUGAGAUUACCUUAGUAACUGAUGGAUGAUUAAUUUAGAAACAUGAGCAUUCCUGUCCUUUAUUGAAGCCCAGAGGAAGAAGACGUGCCAGAAGUCAACACAAAAAUAGGGCAUAAAAGGAGAUUAUUUUAAGUAUGGACGCCUUUAAACAACAUAAGGAUCCAUGGAAAGUCUAUAAAGAGGAAAUGCACAGCACCACUCAUUAUUGUGUUACUCGGAGUAGCUGUCUGCUGGAAUCAAUGCAGUCAAACCAACUAAAGUCAUUAAUGGAGUCCUUCUUCAAGCGGCGUUCUGUGAGCUCCAAACACAACAGGAGAGUCAGAGCAUGUGAUCGUGUCUUGGAUAACUCUAUGAAUGUGGAUGAUUUCCUCUCCGCUCUGAGAGACGUGACAGGCAAAGACUACAAGAGAAGUGAUGUGGAGGAGUUAUUCAAUGAGAUGGACGCCUCUUGUGCUGGGCGUAUAGGAUGGGAAGCUCUCUAUAACUAUAUACUGCAGAAGUACAAGCAAAGUAGAGACUCACUACGGGCUGAACUUAAUGUACCCAUUUCACAACCACUGAUACGCCACUGCGUCUAUAACAAGCGAGAACCAAUCGUACGAAUCUUGGCAGUGGACCAGACACCAAACAUGCGUUACAUCAGCAUCAGCAAAGGAGGAACCAUCACAGCAUGGAACAGUCGUCUUGACAUCAUAAAGCACCUGAGGAUGUGUGCUGAUUCCUCUGAAAACAAAGAAUUGGGUAGAUUUCAGUGUUGUACCACAGAUGGCGUCUACAUGGCAAAUGUCCACAAGAUUGCAGUGGCAACAAUGAGCAGGGGAAUUCACUUCUUUGACGUUACAACCACUAACUGUUUUGAGCAGUUUCAUUUAUUUGGAUUGAGUCAUGUCGCAACUGCUCUGUGUUAUUGGUAUGACAAAGAGGCUCCUGGAGAGAAAUGUAUGCUGAUGUGGGGAGAUGAGAAAGGCUCUGUAAAUUUAUUGUGGUUUCUGCAGCCUUUUAAGGGGCUCUUUAUGAAUCCAUUCACUAAAAAAACUGCCCCAGCGCAUAUUUUUAUGCCAGACAUUAGUGCCCACAGUGCACUGAUCUCCUAUCAGCAAAUCCCACAAAUCCACAGUGAACCAAUCAACAGAAUCCUGUACGAGCACCACGGUGAGCUCAUUGUUACAUCAUCUGAAAGCCCAGACAGCUCUGUGGUUAUCAUUGAUAUCAAUCAGAAGAGAGAAAAUUAUAUUUGGAGAAUCGAAGAGUUACUUUUCCUGCAGGGAGUUACAUGUUUUGACUUCAGCUCUUCUCUUAACCUCCUGGUAACUGCUGGAGUGGAUGCUGCUGUGAGACUGUGGAACCGCUAUGUGACUUCUCAACCUACUGCCGUUCUGCGCAGUCACCAGACUACUGUGGUGGAUGUGGUUAUUCACCAAGCAAUGAGCAAGAUCUUCAGCUACUCUAGAGACUCUGUGCUGAACAUAUGGGAUAUAUCUUCUCAUCAAUGUGUAAAGACAAUCGAGCUGAAAUUCCCUAAUUUCCAAGCAGGCCUUGUUCUAGAACAUGGCAGCUUUCCUCUGCUCCUCAGCCUGACUGAAGAUCCUGCCCUCCUGGUGACCUGUAGGGAGUAUCUGGCCAUGCUGAGACUGCACAAAACUGAGCCCAACAAAAGCUCUAAACUCUACAGCGAUGUCCUUUACAGUCCUCGUCUUGAACAGGUUAUCACAGCCUGUGCUGACUCUUCAUUGGCUGUGUGGGAUGUGAAGACAGGCGGGAAGAAGAUGGAAAUAAGGAAUGCUCAUGGUGUGGAGAAUAUUUCCUGCAUUGCACUGGACAGAAGCCAACGCAGACUGAUCUCUGCAGCCACCAACGGCACAAUCAAGGUUUGGAACGCACUGAAUGGCCACAAUCUUCACAAGUUAGAAGCUGUCUCCAAUACAGAGGUUACAGGGAUCAUCUGUCACCAUGACAACCAGCUUAUAGCCACAGGAUGGAGUCGACUGAUUGCUCAAUAUAGCAUUGCAUUUUCAAAUGACACUUAUAUAAAAGCAGACCUGUCCUGGAAGUCUGGUCGUCAGCACAGUGAGGAUAUCAUAGCUGUGGAUCACUGCCCAAGUCUGGGACUUUUGGCAACUGGGAGUUACGAUGGAGAAAUUAUUAUAUGGAGCAUGGAUCUUCAAAAGCCAAUAACAAGACUGCAGAGAUCCCAACAGUGCAAAAUGGGAUCCCAACCAAGAGUAUAUCCACCAGUUCGUAAGCUGCUGUUCCUGCAAAGACGAGCUCAGCAAAGUGGUUUGAGAAACAGUGCCGUGCUGCUCAGCUCACAGGCCGGAUCUGUCUGCUGGUGGAGCAUCUAUGGACCCAAGCACAAACAUGGGCAGUUCUUUGUGCCUGAUGAAUCUAAUAAAAGUGUGACAGGUUUAAGUUCAGACCAGGAAAAUAGUCUACUGGUCACUGGAGACACCACGGGAUCCAUCAAGGUGUGGGACAUCUCACACUACGCCUUAUCAUCUGGAGAUGAGUCUGCAGAAGAAUUUCCCCCACUGUUACACUCUUGGAAGGGCCAUAAAGAGGCUAUAGUGAACAGUGAGAUCCUGGCGUACGACUCUCGACUCUUUGUGCUGAGCGUGUCGGUGGAUUGCAAGGCCUGUCUUUGGACCAUUGAUGGAAGUUGUGUGGGCUUUUUUGGACAGGAAGAGCAAUGGGAUUUGAGCAACCCAGACACUUAUCAAAUCAACAGGACUGAUUUUGAUUUUAUGGCAGAGCUGCAGACGCACACAUACGCGGAAGCACAUCCAACAAAUGGCAGAUGUUCCAGAAUACCACAACGGCAAUCUGGGAAAUACCCAGUGUGUUUCCUAUCCACCUCACAUGGUGUGAGCGUGUGUGUGUGUUUAUCUGCGUGUGUGUUUUUUGAUUGGAGGCUGUGUCUACAUGGAAGUGGGAAGGUGCAGUUGGAAUGUCGCCUAAAGGCAAGAGAACCGCACUGCUUCCACGCUUCACUCCGUGAGGCUGAAGCAAGAGACACACACACAGCAAACCAAACCAACCUUCACCUUCAGUCAAAAGGCCAUCGCGGUGUCAGAGUCAGCUAUGAGAAAGACUAA